UCCGGGCGUGGGGAGCCUGAGCGCCGGGAGUGGGGGCGGGGAGCAGGCGGCGCAGGAGAGCGCCCGGAGUCCCGGCGCGGGAGGAGCCGCGGGAGCGAGCCCAGUUGACGGCGCUCCUGGCCGCACCUGCGCCCGGCAGGCGGCCGGCCCUGCCCUGCCCCUGCCGGCGGCCCCGACCCCGCACUGGAACAGAAGCUCAUUCGUCAUUCACUCAACUGACAUAUGAGAAUGUUCUUGCGAAAGCCUCUGAGCUUUGUAAGACACAGUGGGGUACGAAGAGAAGGCUGUGCCCUCUCCGUGUAUUUAACGAGCCUACCAUAGAUUUGGGGAGACGAGACUUGGACUCUCUGAAAGGGGACACAUGGAAGCCGCCGGCCCACUAGUUGAGGACCAGCUGGGCCCUGGGACUGAUGUUUGCCCACACUGCAGAGAAUGGCACUGAGGCCCAGCCAGGCACCAGGACAAAGGUUAACUCGGGACACCCCCGGACAGUGACCCUGAUGUCUGUUCUGAGCCAAGCACUCAAGGGUGUGAUACGCUCGUGGAUGCUUUGGGCCUCGGCUCUGCCUCUGUGCCCUGUAGGAACGGUUCCUCACCUGGGACUUGGACUUUGCUCAGAUGCCAUGAGCAGUUUCCAUGACCCUGGCUAGAGCACCCAGGGCACCAGGAGCUGGCUCCAGUCUGAGCCAUGGCUUCCGCGGAGCCCCUGACAGCGCUGUCUCGCUGGUACCUGUAUGCUAUCCACGGCUACUUCUGCGAGGUGAUGUUCACGGCGGCCUGGGAGUUCGUGGUGAACUUUAACUGGAAGUUCCCAGGGGUCACGAGUGUGUGGGCGCUCUUCAUCUACGGCACGUCCAUUCUGAUCGUGGAGCGCAUGUACCUGCGACUGCGGGGCCGCUGCCCGCUGCUGGUGCGCUGCCUCAUCUACACGCUUUGGACCUACCUGUGGGAGUUCACCACCGGCUUCAUUCUGCGCCAGUUCAACGCCUGCCCCUGGGACUACUCCCAGUUCGACUUUGACUUCAUGGGCCUCAUCACCCUGGAGUACGCUGUGCCCUGGUUCUGUGGGUCCCUCAUCAUGGAGCAGUUCAUCAUCCGCAACACCCUCCGCCUCCGCUUUGACAAGGAUGCAGAGCCCGGGUUGCCCGGAGGCCCCCUGGCCCUGGCCAAUGGCCACAUCAAGACUGAUUGAGUGGGGGGGCUUGUGGGGGGGGUGUGGAGGUGGGGUCACUCAUGGACCCUGUGGAGAAAGGUACCAAGCUGGUGGCGUUGCUCCUCCUGUACAGCACAAGCCCUGCCCCAUACCGGCCUCAUUCCUGUAGGGCACACACUGCCCCCAUUACCUCCACCGUGGGUGGGUGUUGGGGUCAUGGUCAGGUGUUGGGGGCGGGGUGUGGAGGCAGCAGAAGGACUUUGGAAAUAGUCCAUGGAACUCCGUCCAGCUCAGAGGCAGGCGGCAGGAGACCUGUGGCUUAGCAACGACCAGGCUACAUGGGUGACUUUGGAAGCAGCAGGCCCUGUCCUGGCUAAGGGACUCAGAAGUGGGGCAAAAGGGGAGGCCAGGUCUGAGGAGGCUUUGGGCUGCUGCCUCGGCCACCUGGUGCCCUCUCACCUGGUUUAGUUGGGCUUUGGCUGGUUCCAUUAGGCAAUAUUCAGGUGCUUGCUUGCAACCAAUACCUCCCCGGGGGACUGCUGAGCUGCAGCCUAAGGAGAGACGGCAGCCAGGAGGCUGCUUGGCAGCCAUGCUGGUCUGCAAGGGCUGGGAGGCCUGCCCUCGGCUCCUCUCCCCCCCCCCCAGGGCCCCACGCUGCUUUCUUGGCCUUCUGGGGGCCCCCUGGUGCUGGAUUCCCACCAACUUUGGUCUUUUGGAGGUUUCAAUCCCUGUGUGUUUGGUGGCGUUUCCCCCCUUUUCUCUCUUAUUUUCAAGGCCUUUAUCUAUGUCAAUCACCCCACCAAUACCCAACCCCAACCCCAACUCCCCAGCCAACAUAGCAGCUACCAGAGAUAGAACCCUGAGACAGACCCUGCCUGCCCUCCACAGCCUUCCCUCCGCUACUACCCCAGUCUGGUGGGCUGUGCAGUGCCCCUGGUGCUCUCCUCCAUCCAUGCCGCCUCCCCACAGUGGCCCAGCGAAAACGCGAAUGAUACCCGCAACACACAGUCAGGCCAAGAUGGGCCUCACAGAUCCACAAAUGGGGACCUAAAGACAAAUCAGUGUGUAUGUGUGGUGGGGGGAGGGAAGGGCGUACCUGACUGGUUUAUUUCAAGCCAGUCAGGGGCAAUCUAGCAUUCUAGGGGAUGGAAGAGCAGUAUCCACUGUUGGAGACCCAUGGAGAAUGAGGGAGUGAGAAAAAGAUGAAGGCCUCUCAGCUUUGGGAGGUCUUUGGAGCAUCCUUGGUGGGAAGGGGUCAGUUCUGGUUCUGCCAUAGCCCCAGCCCUGCAGCAAAACCUCCUCAGGACUACCCACUCCACAUCCCUCUCAGCAAUGCUGACACUUUGAGCUUGCUCCUUAAACAGUAUUAACCCUGCCACACUCAUGAGCAUUGUCAUCUUGGUUGGCCUGCCUUCCCCUAUGACAGGUAUGUUGCUGGCAGUGGACAGGUGAAAUCCUCAUUCCAGCCCACUUCCAGCUCUGCCCCUACUCCCCAACGGGAGGGGUCCAUCAGAACGCAGCCUAUCCCAUGGUACGCCAUCUCUUCUUGACCACACUAGGACUCUUAGGUAGAAAGUAGCCUUUCCUUUUUUACAGAACAUUAAAAAGUGAUUAACAUCACCUGUGGAGAGAAUCUCCUCUUCCUUGCUAUGUUGCUCCAUCUAGAUUGUGUAGACAGCACCGGGCCAGGACAGGUGGGAUGGGCGUGGGCAGGAGUCAUGUCCCAGAGUGGGAGAAAGGCUGGGAGACUCUGCCUUUGGUAGGGCUGCUUUCUGCAGCUGACCCUGUCCUGGACAGGAUGAAGAGCAUUUCCCAGACUCUGUGUCCUGGGCAGGCUCCUCAAAUCCAGGCACGAACUACAUUCCGCAGGGACCAGCCCUACCUUUGAUUUUACAGUGGCCCCAAUUCCAAGGCUUUGGGGCUUCCAGGGAUCCAGGCUUCCAGUGAGGUUAGGUGGUUUUCUAUCAACAGAUGGAGGGAAUUCCAGAGGAAGAAUAUUGUCCGGCUUCCCGGUUCCCUCUGUCAUUGUUUCCUUGGUACUCUCCCCCAACCAGGGGGAUCUCAGGCUCCUGGAUCCCAACACCCCUGCGGCCCCCCAUGUGAGCCCCUAGACCUCACAGCCCACCUUUGCUCUCCCCUUCCAUGGUGGAAUCUGGUGGUCAGCUUGGUGAUGUCUCCCAGCAUAAGGCCUCCAGAAUUCUCAACCUGAUCAAGCCCUUGGAUGGCCCACCAGGUCUGGCCACUCCUGAUGUUGCCCUAUGGGCAUUCCUUGGCACCACCUUCUCUCUAGGCCCUAUAAACUUCCAAAUAUAGGGGGUUCCAGAGUAAACCUGCCCGCCUGGCACUGUGUUUCUGCUUCUUUCAGGGGCCACAUGGCUCCUAUUGUCGCUUGUAGGGCACAGAUCCCCCCAGCAAAGGGAGGCAAUAAGUCAGGGCUUGACCACAGGGUCUGUUGGUUCAGAGCUCGCCAGUGAUAGCCUAGACUUCAGCUCUUCUUUUUUGGGUAUCUUCAGGGCCCCAAAUCCCUUAGUGCCCAGGGACUAAAACUUCGGAGUAAUCCCAGCCCUGCUGAGCAGUGGGGGUGCUGGGAGGGGGAGUCGGCUUGCUGUUUAUGAAUCUCUGGUACUCUGGGCCUCUGUCCACUGGCCACAGCAGCAUCGUGAGCUACAGAUCGCCAUGUGUGCUGCCCUGCAUGGUUGAACCGCUUCUGAUGUCUGCUAGGCAUCCUGUCCCUUGUGCCCUGUUCCCUCUGAUGCCAGUGAGUCACAAUGGCAUCACAAUAGCCUAUGCUUAUUCUCAGCAAUAAUUCCUAGGGAGUGCCCAUGAGUCUUGUUGUCCUGGUCCCUUGCCCUCUGCAUGGGUCUCCUGGGGAGGCAGCCACUGAGUGGGUCGGUUCACGAGAACCUGUAUUUAUGAAGCUCUGGGCUGUACAGACAUAAUUGCAGGGGAUGCAGAGGGAGGCCCAGCCCCAGAGGAGCUAUGGCUAAGGCAGGGAGAGUACCUUCCACCCUGGGGCCACCCUAGACUUGUUCCUGUCUCUGCAAAGGGCUUUUGAGGUGGGUGGGACUGUCUCCCACCCCUGGCAGCUAUUCGGAAGGACACACAGCUGGUUUGUGCACCCAUUGCCUGCUCUGUCUCCGUUGGUCUCUUUGUCUCUUUCUUUUCACAUUCAUGCACAUAAAAUAUACUGGUGUUUGUGUUCCAGGACUGGU